UGAGAAGGGAGUAGAGAGAAAAGGAAGCUAGAGCCUGCAUUAGGAACAAAGCAGACGCAAUCAGCAAAGCUGUCGCAACGCCACCAAACCGGCUAAAAUGAAGUUAGUCUUUCUGUUUUUAUUGCUUGUCUUGUCCAUGACAAGUGCAGUCCCUAAUCCAAGGAAAGUGCCUACAGAGGCACCCAUUUUAACCACCCCGACACCAUUCGAGGCUAAAUCCCGCUUUGCCAUGUUAGAUGAUGUACGACUGUUGGCUAACGGACUGCUCCAGCUCGGUCAGAGUCUCCGGGAGUUUGUGCACAAGACCAAGGCUCAGAUUAAUGACAUUUUCCAGAAGCUCAACAUCUUUGACCGCUCCUUCUACCAGCUCUCGGUAGUUACUAGUGAGAUCAAAGAGGAAGAGGAGAAGUUGAAGAAGACAACCACAUUUUUGAAGACCAACAACGAGGAGAUCAGGAACUUGUCACUGGAGAUAAACUCCAAAAUCAACAACAUUCUGCAGGAGCGAAGUCAGCUGGACAACAAGGUUGGUGGACUGGAGGAGAAGCUGAAGGGCUUGUCUCAGAGCAUGAUGCCCCUAGAGCAACUUCAGGAGAUCUCUGCCUUGAAGGAUGUGAUUGUAACGCAAGAAAAGACCAUCACAGACCUGCUUAAAUCUGUGAAAGAGCAACAUGAACAGCUCAACUACCAGAAGACCAAAAUUAAAAGCCUUGAGGAUAAGCUGAAUUAUGACACUUUUCAAGAGACAGCUGAAAAAACUUUGGAUUUAAGUCCUGAGACACCUGACCCUUUUGGGUACUUGACCAUAAACUCAACCAAUGGAACUAUGAACUCUGACUUUCCAAUGGAUUGCAGUGAUGUUUUCAAAAGAGGCCAGAGGAACAGUGGAGUUUACUCGAUCAAACCCAAUCAAUCCGAACCUUUCAAUGUGUACUGCGAGAUAAGUUCUGAUGGAGCAGCCACAGUCAUCCAGAGGAGGGAGGAUGGUUCUGUUGAUUUUGACCAGUUGUGGGAGAGAUAUGAACAUGGAUUUGGCAAACUAGAAAAAGAGUUCUGGCUUGGCUUAGAGAAGAUCCAUUCCAUUGCUCAUCAAGGAGAAUACAUUUUACACAUUGAACUGCAAGACUGGAAAGAUGAAAAGAGAUUUAAAGAGUACAUGUUCACCCUGGAGGGCCCUGCAUCUGAUUACACCCUUCAUCUCACACCUUUAUCUGGAAAUCUGCCUGAUGCCAUGAGCAACCACACAGGCAUAAAGUUCUCAACCAAGGACAGAGACAACGAUAAUCUUGAUGAGUCCAACUGCGCCCGCAACUACACAGGUGGUUGGUGGUUUAAUGCAUGUGGGGACACUAACUUAAAUGGGAGAUAUGCCUGGAUGAGAUCAAAAGCUCGACCACAACGUAGGAAAGAGGUCUACUGGAGGCCAGCCAAAGGAAGCUCCUAUACCCCCAAAUCCACAAAGAUCACCAUCAGGCCAUCAGCCCAGAUUCAAUAAUCCCUGACCUUUUUCUCCAUUGGGCAAUUCCAGAUCAAUAAGAGGGGUCACAAUGGAAGAAGGCACUAGCCAACAAAGCUUUCCCCCUUCUUUAUAGACAGUCCAAAAUGGCUGAUUUUCCACCACAGAAUGAUGCAACUGCAACAAUUCAUUGACUUUAGUAGAGGGUAGAAAGCAAGUCAAAGGGGUAUUGCAACAUCCAUGUGUUGGUUCAGGAUCAUUAUAGAUCAUUGGAUUACAACCUUGUACCUUGUUGAGGAAAAAGAAUUGGUUUUAAAAAAUCAUGAAACUGAACAUAUUCAAACAGAAAGCUGAACAGACCUAUGGAAUAUCUGGUGCAUGAUAUUAUUAAGAGUGGACUAGAUUUAACAAGUUUGUAGACUAUACGCACACUAUUAUAGAACUAGAUUGCAUUCAGCUACAGAGAUUCUCAUUGUCUUGUUUAACUUUUAUUGUAUUUUAACUUAAAGAUUGUAUUUAAGCAAUGUUCAAAAAUGUGCAACACUAGAAAAGCAAUGGGUAACACUUUAUAAUAGUCUAACUUUCAAUAAGUCUUGAACCAACAUAAAAUUCUUAACAGCAGUAACAGUAACAGUAGAUUAUGUACAGUACAUACAAAUGUGAAAAUAUGAAUAAAUAUAAUUUCAUUACAAGUUUCUUGAUAUUUAAAUGCACAUGAACUAAUGAUCUGUUAAAAAGGUCCACUCAGUAAAUAUUUUAAGAUAAAAAAAAGUUUGAAACAUAGAAAUUAAUUGUACUUUUGAAAAAUAUGUUUAAAAUUAUAUACAACAAAUCAUAUCAGUAGCUUUAUCCAAGGUGUUUUAUUUACUACCUGAUGAAUACUAUUCGCUUUCUUGUAACCUCCGUUAUUGGACACUUUAACUCACAGAAUAAAUAAAUCAUGGAUGAUUGCAAAUAAGGCAUUUCUACAAUGGAAAAACUUUUGCUUUUAUGUGAUGCCACAGCAUAACAAACCAAAAAUGACUGAGGGCAUCUUUAAGCAAUAUAAAAUAUUUUCUAAUGUUAUUAAUUGAAGAUAUUAUAAAGUGUUACCAAGAAAUGUGCUGUUAUGGUGGUUAAAGCUUGAUCUUCUGCAUGUAUAUUUCUGUUACUGAUUCAUAUUGACUCUGGUUACACUUAAUACAUACUCAGCUGUACUGUAUAUAUUUUGUUUACAGAAUGCUCCUAAGUAAUAUUCUGGUAUAUCAUAUUUAUAGCAAAACAUUUAGACAUUAAGACAGAAAUAAAAGCCAAUUUUCUUGGCUCCCAUGAGUGUAAUAAAUGACUAAAAUUA